CCACCAUUAGAACCUCUGCUCUCUCUACCGCUCUCAACAUUUGGUACAAGAUUAAACGUGACAACCUGCUUAAUUUGCCAAAAUUACCUUAAUCAUGGCGCUCCAAUCGAGAGUUCUGGUCACCUCUAAAUGGCUGGCGGAGGCUUUAAAGUUCCAAAGGAAAAUGCGCAUUUUGGACACUUCUUGGUAUUUGCCCAAACUGCGUCGCAACGCCAAGAGCGAGUUCAAGAAGAGACACAUACCAGGUGCAGCUUUCUUUGACAUAGACCAGUGCUGUGAUAAAACCUCUCCUCUGGACCACAUGUUGCCAUCAGAGAAGGUUUUUGCUGACUAUGCUGGCAAUUUGGGAGUAGAGAGCGAUACGCACGUCGUAGUGUACGACGCCAGCGAUUUCGGUGCGUUUUCGGCGCCCCGAGUGUGGUGGAUGUUCCGGGUGUUCGGGCACAACGCGGUGUCCUUGCUCAACGGGGGGCUCAGGAACUGGGAGCUGGAAGGUCGACCUCUGAGUGACAAGUACGUCAAACCCACACCGACCGAAUUCAAUGCUUCCCUGAACCACUCCUGGAUUAAGACCUAUGAAGACAUCUUGGAUAACUUGGAAACCAAGAACUUCCAGGUGGUGGACGCCAGGCCGACAGGCAGGUUCAAAGGAACUGACCCUGAGCCCAGAGACAACACAGAGCCAGGCCACAUCCCCGGCUCCAUCAGCAUGCCCUUCCACUCCUUCCUGUCCUCAUCGGGUCACUUUCUGCCCAGAGAGCAACUCCAGGCUCUGUUUGCCCGAGCUGGUGUGGACCUCAGCCACCCUGUUUGCACCUCGUGUGGCUCAGCCGUGACUGCGUGCAUUGUGGCACUGGCGGCCCAUGAGUGCGGGCACCCGGGGGUGUCCGUGUAUGACGGCGGGUGGUCAGAGUGGUACACCCGCGCUGUGCCCGAGCAUGUCAUAUCCGAAGGACGAGGGAAACAUUUGUGAUUGGCUGUGAAGUACAGGAAGUGUGUUUGGUAGGUUCAGACUGGGCCUGGAGGAGGUUAGCUUGUUAGAGAACAUAUGCUCAAGUUUAAAGGAAUAGUUUGAAAUUUUAGUAAAUACUUACUGCUUAUACAGUUUAUUUGCCUUCUUGUUGAAAGUUAGAUUUGUAUGAAAUAUGUACAGUCAGCAGCUGGUCACUUUAGCUUAGCACAAAGACUGGAGGCGAAACAACUAUGUGGCUCUGUCCCAAGAUAAAAACAGAAAAAAAAUCCUUAAUUAACAGGUUAUAUCUUAUUUGUUUACAUGAUGCACACACACAGAAUGUAAAAAGGACAAGUUGCAGGUGUCAUAGCCAGAUUAGCUGUUUGCAGUGUUCAUGCUAAGCUAGGCUAGCCAGCUGCUUGUUUACUGAAGUUACAGAUGAGAGUGGUGUCAGUUUUUCUAAUCUAAUUAAUGGCAAGAAAGCAAAUGAGCAAAUAUCCCAAGGUGCCAAACUAUUCCUCUAAUACUAAAAAACUAUGGGUAUUCCAUAGAUAGAUCACUAAGAAACAUUUUUUCCUAACACACAAUACUUGGCCAGUAACAUGUGAACACUAAACUUGACUUUUUCAUCAGUUUUGAAACUUGUUUGUUUACAACUGUGAUGUUUGUGCUGGCAUUAAAAUGGAGCUGCAUUUGAAUCACAAGGAGUUGGGAUUUGUUGAAAGCUUAUGUACAUGUAGUUCUCACAAUUACUGUGCUCCUGGGGUUUUUUACACCUUGCCACAGUUUCAUCAGAGAGGUCAACAGAGAGUUCAUUGGACUUCAUGUCUUGGUUUUUGUCCUGACAUGCAGUGGGAAUUGUAUUACACAGAUGUGUGCCUUUCUAAACUAUGUCCAGUCAUGUUAGUUUACCACAUGUAAACUCCAGACAAUUUCUAAACACAUCUGAAGGAGAAUUAAACUUGGGGUGCCAGAGCAAAGGGUCUGAAUCGAUUUUUGA